GUAAGAGGCGUUUUGUACAUAUCUGGCCCUUCUCGCUUUCCGUUUUGUGACGUGUUUCCGGAAGCCGCAACCGGUGUUCUAAGAAGCGGACAUGGGUCAAAGUCAGAGUGGAGGACAUGGACCAGGAGGAGGCAAGAAAGAUGAUAAGGAUAAGAAGAAGAAAUAUGAGCCCCCAGUGCCAACCAGAGUUGGCAAGAAGAAAAAGAAGACGAAGGGACCUGAUGCUGCCAGUAAACUGCCUCUGGUGACACCACAUACACAGUGUAGGUUGAAAUUAUUAAAGCUGGAGAGGAUUAAGGACUAUCUCCUUAUGGAGGAAGAGUUUAUCAGAAACCAAGAACAAAUGAAACCAUUGGAGGAAAAGCAGGAGGAAGAGCGGUCAAAGGUUGAUGAUCUUAGAGGAACCCCUAUGUCUGUGGGCACCCUGGAGGAGAUCAUUGAUGAUAACCAUGCCAUUGUUUCCACGUCGGUGGGAUCCGAGCACUAUGUCAGUAUACUCUCUUUUGUGGAUAAGGAUUUGCUGGAACCAGGGUGCUCUGUCUUACUCAACCACAAAGUUCAUGCAGUAAUUGGAGUUCUCAUGGAUGACACUGAUCCCUUAGUCACUGUGAUGAAAGUUGAGAAAGCGCCACAGGAAACCUAUGCAGACAUUGGUGGGCUGGACAACCAGAUACAGGAAAUCAAGGAGUCUGUAGAGCUUCCCCUCACUCACCCAGAGUAUUAUGAGGAGAUGGGUAUAAAACCACCUAAAGGUGUAAUUCUUUAUGGUCCCCCUGGUACAGGUAAAACCUUGUUGGCCAAAGCAGUAGCAAAUCAGACCUCUGCCACAUUUUUGAGAGUAGUUGGCUCAGAACUGAUCCAAAAGUAUCUUGGUGAUGGUCCCAAGCUUGUCCGUGAGCUGUUCAGAGUGGCUGAGGAACAUGCUCCAUCCAUUGUGUUUAUUGAUGAAAUUGAUGCUAUUGGUACAAAGAGAUAUGAUUCUAACUCUGGAGGAGAACGAGAGAUCCAAAGAACCAUGUUGGAACUUCUGAAUCAACUAGACGGAUUUGAUUCACGAGGAGAUGUCAAAGUUAUUAUGGCAACAAACAGAAUAGAAACACUGGACCCAGCAUUAAUUAGGCCAGGCCGCAUUGAUAGAAAGAUUGAGUUUCCCUUGCCAGAUGAAAAAACCAAGAGAAGAAUUUUCCUAAUCCACACUAGCCGCAUGACAUUGUCAGAUGAUGUCACCCUAGAUGAUUUAAUUAUGGCAAAAGAUGAUCUCUCAGGAGCAGACAUAAAAGCCAUAUGUACCGAAGCUGGUCUGAUGGCUCUCAGGGAGCGCAGAAUGAAAGUAACAAAUGAAGACUUUAAGAAAUCUAAAGAGAAUGUUCUGUACAAGAAACAGGAGGGCACACCAGAAGGGCUAUAUCUUUAAAUUCAAACUUUUUUUUCUUCUGUACAUUUUUUUUUUUCUUCAAGUGAAGGGGAAGUAAGUAUUUGUUGGGCCUAGGAGUAUGAACUCCUAGCUGCUGUAAACUUCUAGCUGCUGUACACUAAAUUGAUGUGAGAUUAAUAAGAAUUAAUUCUCAGUGUCCACCACAGCUAGAAUGGACUUAAAUGAGUUCAUAAAUACUGUGUUACAGAACUAUCCUGGCCUAUGGGAACUGCUAUAAUAUGUUAAACACUUGUUUUUCAAAAUAAAACGUGCUUUAAUGAGUA